UCCACAACCGCAAGUAACCCGCUCCCGCGCGAUUAAUUCCUACUCGCUCCUUCCUUAAUUCGCCGCCUUCCAAUUCACACCUCCCCGCCGCGCCAGCGCCACGCCCUAGCUCACGCGGCCCCGCCACCACUAUAAAACACCGACCCAAAACCGCCAGCUCCCGGCACGCACUCCGCACUCCACCGCCGCCCAGCCACAACCGCGGUUGCCUGCCGAACGCCCGCCAUCGCCAUGGGGAGGACGCUGGACGUGCUGCUGGGCCGGACCACGAAGCAGACGGCGCGCCUCAAAUCCCUCCUCGGCCUCGCCGCCAAGCGGAUCGCCGUCGUGCGGGCGCACCGGCAGGUGCGCCUGGCGCAGGCGCGCGGCGACGUGGAGCAGCUGCUCCGGCUCGGCCACCCGGACCGCGCCCUGCAGCGCGCCGACCAGGUCCUCCGCGAGCAGAACACGCUCGACGUCCUCGACGCGCUCGACUCCUACUGCACCCUCCUGGCCGACCGGAGCGCCCUGGUCGACGCGCAGCGCGAGUGCCCCGAGGAGCUGCGGGAGGCGGCGGCGGGGCUGGUCUACGCGGCCGCCAGGCUCGGGGACCUCCCCGAGCUGCAGGAGGUGCGCGCGCUCCUCGCCGCGAAAUUCGGCAGGGGCUUCGUGGCCGACGCCGCGGAGCUGCGCAGCGGGUGCGGGAUCGAUACCAAGGUCGUGCAGAAGCUGUCGACCAAGCAGCCGUCUCUGGAGAGCAGGCAGAUGGUGCUGCUUGAGAUCGGCGCCGAGAAGGAGAUCCCCGUGCGCCUCCACAACCACAACGCCUCCUACCACCAGGACCCCGUCAUCUCCGCCAAAGUCUCUGCCCCACGUGCGAAUGACAUGGAAGACCAGAGGCGCCGCCCCACGCCGCGAGCCGACGACCACGACGACGUCUCUGCCCACGCGCUGCUGACGUUCAAGGACGUGGAGGCGGCCGCGCAGGCCGCGUUCGAGUCGGCGGCCACGGCGGCCGCUGCCGCCAAGGCCGCCAUCGAGCUCUCGCGAGCCGGCUCCGGGAGCCCCGACGACGACAGGCACAGGAGGACGCACGCCGACGACGAGGUGCCACACCGUGGCGAGGAUCUGCCCAGGAGCAGGCCGGCUUCGGUCAGGACAAACAGAGGGCUCUAGCAGUUUACUUUACUAGCUGCAGCCACAUGGCAAUACCAGAGAUGGUUUUUUUUUUUUUUUUUUUUUUUUUGGAGAUCACCAGAGAUGGUUUCUUGAUCUCGUUAUAUUGUUCUUUCUUAGUACCAGUUGCAGUUAUAUAUUGCAGAUUUUUCAUCAUUAAUUUUCUGUAUGCGAAUUGCGAAGUAAACAGGAAAUUGCAAAUGUAAAUAUUAAUCCGAUUCAGCAGUGAAAAAGCCAACUUCUCAUA